AUGUCUUCAUCUCAUGAUUCGCUGAGUACCGCUGAGAUCUUAGGCUAUAGUGCCAACUCUAUCGGAUAUCUAUUCCAGUUCUGUAACACUGUCCAGUCUGCCCGCAUAAACUACUUCUUCUGCCGGUAUGAUGAUGAAACGUCAUUGAGAGCGACUACUAUCCUAAGCUCAUUGAUUCGGCAAUGCCUGGACGUGGAGAACUUGCCCACAACAGUCGAGUCUCGUCUUGCUGAGUAUCUGAAGGACCCUCCCUUGAAUGCACUGCAAUUAGAGUCUUUAUUGCAGGAUGUCAUUGCAUUGUCAGAAGUUCACUUUGUUGUAAUAGAUGGCGUUGACGAGUGCAGGGCAAAUGAGCGCAAAACGCUCUUUAAGGUGCUUCACCGGCUGCUAGAACGAAGUGGUUCAACACUGAAAUUGCUGCUGAUAAGUCGGGACAGCAUCAGCACUGAAGUGAAGAUGCUUCAUCGCCAUUUCCAUCACGUGCAGAUGAGCCGUCCAGAGGCUUCCUCAGACAUUGAGGCCUUUAUUAAGGAUGAGAUUCAAGAGAGAGUAGCCAGCAAGGAAUUGGUUGUGGGUAAUUCCAAGCUUUUAAAAGACAUUCAAGAUGCUCUUGUCCGAGGAGCACAAGGAAUGUUCCUUUGGGUUGUUUUCAUGAUUCAAGACCUCUGCUCUCAGAGCUGCGAUGAAGACAUACGCAGAACAAUCGACAACCUUCCUGAAGACUUACCAAAGUUGUACCAUUGCAUUGUUUCCCGUAUCGUUGAUUCCAAGCACGAAAAGACUGUGAAGAAGAUCUUACGCAUGUUGGCCAGUGUGCAACGCCCAUUGUCAAUAGGGGAACUUCAGGAAGCCUUAUCUGUGGAACCUUAUUCUUCCUACCUGAAGCCUGGACGACGAACAAACGAUAUCUGGAGAGAUAUUUCAUGGUGUGAGAAUCUGGUUUAUGUGGAUGAGGGCGAUGAUACAGUUCACUUCGCUCACUACACCAUUAAGAUCUUCUUGCUUGAUCAGUCUCUAGGCUCACACCAUUCUGAUUUCCACUUCCACCCAGACAAGGCAAACUAUGAACUUGGAGAGAUUUGCGUCACAUAUCUCAACUCCAGUGAUUUCAAGAGACAGCUAGACAGAAUAACAAAAGCGCAAGCGUCCUUCAGCCCUGAGCUGGCGUUAGAAGCUUCUCUCUCGGCCGAACUAGGCUCUAAACUGGGUGCUCCGCUAUCCAAACUAGGGCGAUUGCAAUGUCUUAGGAAGACUACUAACUUUGAUCUGAGGAAGCAGAUACCCAAAAGUGCAGAGACGAGCAUCGAGCAUCCUUUUCUAGAUUAUGCAUCCAAGUACUGGCUUCAGCAUUGCACCGACUUUACUACAGAGGAUAUUCGUGCCUGGAACCUGUGGAAAGCUAUAUUACUGAAUGUGGACAGCCUUGGUCAUACCUCAUGGACAGGUGUUGAAUGGAACCAACGUGCAAAAAUAGUCUUGGACUUUAUUUUAUCCUACGACCAUAAGGCACUUCUUACUUGUAUUGAGAAAAGCAACGAACCUUUCCACAAACAAACAACACUGGAGCUGUUCAUAUCUGCAGCUGGCAGAGGUAAGGUGAAAGUGUUAGAAUACCUGCUUGAAACAGACCCAAAAGUGGCAGUAGAAUCACUUCGUGGUCGAACUGCACUCCAUGCAGCAGCGGAAGGAGGCCAUAUUGAGAUAGUGGAGAGAUUGCUUGCUACAGAGGCUGAUAUCAAUAAAGGACAUGGUCAAAAUGCACUCGAAGCAGCAGCAGGCGGAGGCCAUAUUGAGGUGGUGGAGAGAUUGCUUGCUGCAGAGGCUGAUGUUGACGUACUAUCUGGUCGAACUGCGCUUCAAGCAGCAGCACACGGAGGCCAUAUUAAAGUGGUAGAGAGGUUGCUUACUGCAAAGGCUGACGUGAAUGCACCAGCAGCAGCAGCUGAUGAUCGAACUGCACUCCAAUCAGCAGCACACGGAGGCCAUAUUAAGGUAGUGAAGAGAUUGCUUGCUGCAGAGGCCGAUGUGAAUGCAGCAGCAGCAUCUGUUGAUGGUCGCACUGCACUCCAAGCAGCGGCUGAGGGCGGCCACAGUCAAGUGAAAAAAUUAUUGAAAGAUCAUAGAAGGGUUAUAUAA